GAGGAGGAGGAGAAAGAGAGAGUGAAGGAAAAAGAGGGAGAGAGAGAGGAAGGGAGGUCAUGUGGAGUGACGCUGCUUGGUGUCAGUUGUUGCUUGUCACACAUCCAUCCCCUUGAUCUACUGCUGUUCUCAGGGAUGUGUGAGUCACACCCGCAUUGGAGAAACCGAACAACCUUGGCUGGUUAACCUUAGGGUGGCGGAUUGGCUUAAGCUGACUGUGGAUACGCUAACUCAUUCAGAAGUUAGUGAAAGCUUGGUUCAUCUUUUUCAUUGUCAUCUUUGGUUGGACAAGGGGUUUGGCUUGGAUCACAAUCUGCUGUGAUUAUUCUUUUAAGUGGUUUCUUUCUGUGACGUCCUUUUUCUUCGUAGUAGUAAUAAUAAUAAGAACAAUAAUAAUAAUAAUAAUAAUCUUUUAGUUUUUCUAUUAAUACCUGGCUCCGUUUGGAGCGUGUGGGCAUUGAGAGAGGGGUAGAGAGGAGAGGAGAGAAGGGGAGGAAAGCCGGAGGUAGAACACCUUCUUGGCCGUGGCAUGGUAGCAACAUUCUGUUCUUCCCCUGCGCCGCUUCUUCGUUUCUUGCAGGUAGUGUCUGUUGUGGUUUCUACGGUUGUCUAGGAGGGACAUAACCUUUUUAUGAAUACGAUGGAGGGGGUUACAUAUUACACCAUGUAUGUGUGUCUGGUAAACUUUUGAUAGGUCUUUUUUUUUUUUUUUUUUUUUUUUUGUAGGUUUGUAUGAUUUGUGGCAUGUGAGAAAACCUACACAACAGAAUUUUCUUUCUUGCCACAUUUUGGAAGCCUCGCAGACCACCUGGUAGGCUUUGAUUCAGGGGCCACCAUAGCAGUGCUUUCUGUCACCGCUCCUCAAUCUGGGCAAAGCCAAUGUCAGCCUCCUGUCUGGCAUCCGCUUCCGCAUGUAAACCUUAAACCCAUCUCGCUCCUCCCGUUGCCCCUUCUGGUCUCCCAUCUGUGGUGCUCCUCCGCUUCCUCUUUUAAGACAUUUCCGGUAUCUCUUGUACAUGGUUUUCGUUAUUCAUACCGUGUGUUCUCUGGCACGACGUUAGCGAGGCCCUGCCCACGCAGGGGCUGGGCGUGGGCAAGGGUGGGGCGACACGAAGUGCUUAAGUAGCCCCUCAGAAUGAUCGUGGAAAAGCCUACGUGGUUGCGCCAUGCCGGACUCCAGAUUUUCUCCGUCGACACGCAGCCCAAUGGCCUACGCUUCGCCACAGCCGGAGGGGAUCACAAGGUACGAAUAUGGAAUAUGAAGCCAUUGGCAGAGAAAGAAACAGAUUCAGACACGAAGCUACUUGCAACAUUAAGAGACCAUUUUGGUUCUGUCAAUUGUGUUCGAUGGGCAAAGUGUGGUCAGAAAAUAGCUUCUGGAUCCGACGAUCAGGUUGUUUAUAUUCAUGAAAAAAGGCCCGGCUCCGGCACUACGGAAUUCGGGAGUGGGGAACCUCCAGAUGUUGAAAACUGGAAGGUUCUUCUUACCCUAAGGGGUCAUUCUGCUGACGUGGUGGAUCUUGGGUGGUCUCCGGAUGAUACUCAGCUUGCUAGCUGUAGUCUGGACAACUCUAUUCGUAUAUGGCAAACCUCAACUGGUGCCCUCCUUUCAGUUCUCACUGGUCAUCAGAGUCUAGUGAAAGGGUUGACCUGGGAUCCCAUUGGAUCCUUUUUGGCAACUCAAUCCGAUGACAAGUCUGUAAUAAUCUGGCGAACUAGCAACUGGAGCAUGGUGAAAAAGGUUGAAGGGCCAUGGGAAAAAACUGUUGGGUCUACGUUCUUCAGGCGAUUGGGGUGGUCGCCGUGCGGCCACUUCAUUGCCACAACCCACGGCUUUCAGAACCCGAGUCAUACAGCACCAGUUUUGGAGAGGGGAGAGUGGAUGGCAUCUUUUGAUUUCGUUGGCCAUAACGCACCAGUUGUGGCUGUCCGUUUUAAUCAUUCUAUGUUUCGUAAGGUGAAAAAGGCUCCUGCGGAUGGAGCAGUGGAUGUAGCUGGAAAUGGAGCAAUAUUAGGGGCAGCUAAUGGGACUUCUUCGAAAACUAAAGAACCACCGCCUUAUAACGUUAUAGCUAUCGGGAGCCAAGACUGCUGUAUUUCCGUGUGGACAACUGGAAGUCCUCGUCCGGUAUUUAUUGGGAAGCAUUUUUUUCAACAAAGUGUGGUUGACCUUUCCUGGAGCCCAGAUGGUUAUACUCUUUUCUGCUGCUCUCUUGAUGGAUCUGUUGCGUCCUUUCAAUUUGAACGCAAAGAGCUCGGUGAAAAAAUAUCUGACGCAGAAAUGGAAGAGUUUAAAAAGAGCCGCUAUGGUGAUCUUCGCGUCCGACAGGCAACGGUAGCUGAAAGCCCAGCGCAAUUAAUGCUGGAAGCGGCAGCGGCUAAGCAAUGGGGAAGUGGAAAUGCUUCAAAUGCAAACACUAUCGACUCAACUAAAGCAGUAUCCCAAGCCGAAAAUGGCGCAGUUACUGCAGAGGUGCCUAAAAAGGUGCUCACAAAACCUCCUUCAGCACCUGCUCCCGAGGUGCCUAUAAAGGUGCCGACUAAACCUCCCUCAGCGCCUGCUCUUGGUGCAGAUGUUCGUAAUGGCAGCCUUGUGCCAAGUGUUCCCCUUCUAACUCCUAGAGUAAAUCCGAGCCCAGUCAAGCAGACGGAGUACAGGCGAGCCGAUGGACGGCGACGGAUCAUUCCAGAACCUUUGGGCCCACCUCGAGGGGAUGACGUGUUUGGCAAUGGUGCAUUGCACAGUACUAUUAAGAAUGAUUCCGUUACAAUCACGGCUGACGCUAGAAAAGAGGAUUUGGGAUCCAUCGGAUUAAAAUCAUCUGAAAGUGCAUUCAAGCGGAAGUUGCCGGAAGAUUACGUCAAGCCUGACAUGCCACCCGCAAAACGAAGCAAUGGAUCUGCGCUGAACGAGGCCUUGGCUCCCGCGGCUUGCUGCAGUUCAGCUGCUGUUGUUGCAAUUGGCGUGGGCAAUGAAGGACCACCAAAUAUUGCAAGUGGUGGUGUGCAAGCGGAUGUGGUGGUACCAGCUGAAAAGAUGACUACUCCUGAGGGAGUGCUAUCGAUAAGAAUCCGAGAGCCUGAAGGUGCUGGUGGUGAGGAUUCUAAAAACCGAGCUCCUAUUUACUUGGAAGCCAGGCCCGCGGAUUGUACAAGUAAUUUAGGAUCAGUUUUGGGCUCUACAGCUCCCAUCUCAAUACGUGAAAGCUCUGCCAAGGCGAAGAUAAUUUGCUCUCAAGGUGGAGAGGUUCGUUGGUGUGAUUACUUAGUCUCCAUGCCUACUGCUCUGGCUGGAAAUUCCAAUUUUUGGGCUGUAGCUUGUGGAGACGGUAGUCUACAGAUUUAUACAAAGGCUGGACGCAGGGCACAGCCGAGCCUGAUGUUGGGAUCGGCAGCAGCGUUUAUGGACUGUGACGAGAACUGGAAAUUAAUGGUUGUAACCCGGAAUGGAUCACUUUAUUUAUGGGACUUGCAAGAGUCGAGGCGCCUACUUCAUGAAUCACUAGGCCCUCUUCUGAAUUCCACUUCAGCAAAUUCAAUGCUGGCCAGUAAUGGGACGAUGAAACUAGUUUCUGCGAGACUCUCUAAGGCAGGAGCUCCGCUUGUAGUACUGGCCAAUCGACAUGCUUUUAUCUUCAACUCCAGCAUGUGCUGUUGGUUGAGAGUUGCUGACGAUACGUUUCCAGCAUCUAAUUUUGUUUCCGCAUGGCCGGACGCUGACGAUGGGGAACUAGCAAACCUUCAGGCAGGUGUUGCUGUAGCGGCUGGUCCAUCAUUCCUUUGGAAUAGAAUGUCCCUUUCCGAGGAGAAAUGGCAGACACGAGUCCAUCUGGAAGUUCAAAUGAGUUCUGCUUUAGCGCUGAAGUCCGCUAGCGAGUAUCGCCGGUGUCUCGUUGCAUAUGCGCGCUGCUUAUCAAAGGAAAGUGACGAAGCACGGCUAAGGGAGCUUUGUGAAGAGUUAUUGGGACCUGUUGGCUCUGUUGGAAAGCUGCAGUUGUCUAAACCUGACAUCCUUGGCAUGAGCAAGAGAGAGUUGCUCAAGGGGAUUGUGUUGCCAGCAAUGGCAUCAAACAGAGCUAUCCAGCGUCUCCUGAAUGAAUUUGUGGAUCUUGUCACUGAGUGUGAAGCUGCUGAGAAGGCUUUAGAACCAGGAGGCUCAAUUUUGUGAUUAUCACACUGGAUACUAUUCACCCUUGGUGACCAUGUCACGUUUUUGUGAUUUAGCAUUGGAAAUUUCGGAAACUGUUGUAUAAAAGCAUGAUGUAACAUGGUAGGUAUGAUAUUAGAGGACGCAAUAGGAUGGCAUGAGCAUGUAAGAGCUUGUUCUUUACCUUGUGCUAGUGUUUUGACUCUUUGUUGUGAAGAUCAACAGAAAAAGAAUAUAACUCUUGAAGCCAUGUUUGCUCCAUUUCAACUUU